AUGAUAGAGGCAUGCAGGACCACCAAGCAUGAUCAACAGGACUUUUUGGCUGGGUCACCGAGUGCACCUUCACACCAGUUUAGUAUGAGCACCGGUCUCCACCAGAUUGCUGAGAGGAAUCUCUUGCUCGACUUAACGACGCCACAGCUCGACCUACCACGACAGCUUCUCUCACCGCAGCUGCAGUCGGGCUUCUGUUUCUCGCUAAUUCCAC